AUGGACGUUGGAUGUACAUGUGUGGGCGCUGCAGUCAGCCAGCCAGUCAGUUGGUGUCCUGGGUCCUCCAUGUCGGAAACCACACCCUCGGUUCGUGCACGAUUAAAGUUUCGUGGGGGCAAGCCGGGUGAAACUCUACUCUGGUACGAAUUCCCAACCCGGACGGUCGCUGUCAAACUCUCGUUUUUUCCCCUUUUUGGCGUCGAGGUUCGUGGGUUUCCCCCUUGGGGCAAGGCUGUCACCACGGCUGGCUUGCCAGAUAGGGUUGCCCGGUUCCAAGCUUGA